UCUUCAGUUAUAAAUUUUAAUACUAUCCGUUAAUUUGCUAUGGUUGUUUCUGUUUUGGGCUAUAUUUGAUUGUCUUGUGGCUUAUGGAAAUGUAUGAAAAAAAAAGUGAGAUAGAUUUGCAACUGUUUGGAUUUAUGUUUAUUGGCUUUUCUUCACGAACGGCUCAUAUUUAUAUAUUUAUUUAUUUAACCAAUUGUAUUGAUUACUGUGAAUUAAUUGGACUGAGUGUAAAAGAAACGGACACGUAGACGAACAUAGUUUUUUAUACGAAAUGCGCGAGCGAAUAAUAAUCCUGUUUAUAUAUUAACUUGAAAUUCGAUAAUAAAUUGUGUAUUAAUACAAAUGCCCGUCGUUUCCUUAAUCGGUUCGUUGCAUCGUUCAACAAUAUGAUGACUUAACUAUUUACGCGCAAUAAGAAAUGUUUAUGCGACAAAUUCGAAACACGUUCUAAAAGUUCUUCAAUUAUUGAAAACUUUUGAUUACAAAAUGCUGUUUUUUUUUAAUGAUAACGUUCAAUGAUGAAAUCUAACUGAUAUUUGUACAUGUUUUUGAUCAUGUUGAAAAAUACACAUAACAAAUUUAUCAGCGUCUUAAGAAAUAGCCAUGCGCUAAAUUGUUUGUUAAUAUGUUCCAUCGUGUAACCUCAAAUUUAAUAGUAAAGCCGCGCGUGUCGAGUAUAAACUUCUCCCGGUUAAGAAGCGCAAUUUGUGAUAUGUCUUUGGAAGAUGCCAAAAGGAUCGCCGCGUACAAGGCGGUCGAUGAGUACAUCAAGGAUGGAAUGGUGAUCGGCGUGGGAAGCGGUUCCACGGUGGUUUACGCCGUAGAUCGCAUUGCUGAACGUACAAAGAACGAGAACCUGAAAUUGCAAUGCAUUCCCACGUCCUUCCAAGCCAGGCAGUUAAUCGUCAAGCAUAAAUUGAACUUGAGCGAUUUGGAGAUCUGCCCGGCAAUCGAUGUUUGCAUCGACGGAGCCGACGAGGUCGACAAAAACAUGACUUUAAUCAAAGGUGGAGGCGGGUGCCUGCUGCAGGAGAAGAUCGUGGCGAGCUGCGCCAAUAAAAUGAUAAUCAUCGCCGAUUAUACGAAGAACUCGAGGCAGCUGGGCGACCAGUACAAGAAGGGCAUUCCCAUUGAGGUGGUGCCCAUGGCCUAUGCUCCAAUCAAACAUCAAAUUGAGAGGCAAUUUGGUGGAGAGCUUGGUCUGAGGAUGGCUAUUGCCAAGGCUGGACCUGUUGUCACUGAUAAUGGCAACUUCAUCUUGGAUUGGAAGAACUACAAGCAGGACUAUGAUUGGGCUGAGAUUAACAAGAGUAUAACCUUGAUUCCAGGUGUGGUUGAGACAGGGCUGUUUGUAGGGAUGGCAAAGAAGGUGUAUUUUGGCCUUGCAGAUGGAUCUGUCAAGGAGCAAGUUUGAUUGUAAUUUGUAAUAAAUAAAUGUAUUUUUUUUC